GCAAAUCCUUCUUCCCGCCACAAAGCCCUCACUUCCUCUCCUCCCCACACACUCCCUCCCAUUACUUUAUUAUUACUCUCUCCCUACAAAAAUAAAAAUAAACUGUGUCCUUUACUUUUAAAUUUUUAGGCUGGCUGGCUCGGUCGCUCUCUAUUGAAGAGAUUUGCAAGAACCCUGGAUCAUCAAACCAGGCCAUGGAUGAUUCUAGGGUUUUCGGGGAUAGUAACAUCCCUACCACUUUUCGGUCCGGUGUGGGUACCAUCUCCAGGAUCCGGUUAGAGAACUUCAUGUGCCAUGAUAACCUCCAAAUUGAGCUUGACCAGUGGGUCAAUUUUGUCACCGGUCGAAACGGAAGUAGGUGGCAAAAGUGCAAUAUUGACUGCUUUAUGUAUUGCAUUUGGAUGCCGGGCUAAAGGAACUCAAAGGGCCGCCACUUUGAAGGAUUUUAUCAAAACUGGUUGCAGUUAUGCUGUUGUUGAAGUGGAAGUAAGAAACAGAGGAGAGGAGUCUUUUAAGCCAGAUAUCUAUGGUGAUUCCAUAAUAAUAGAACGGAGAAUCAACCAAUCUUCCAGUACCACUGUUCUAAAGGAUCACCAAGGAAGAAAAGUGGCUAGUCGAAGAGAGGAUCUUCGGGAGCUCAUAGAACAUUUUAAUAUUGAUGUUGAGAAUCCUUGUGUAAUAAUGAGUCAAGACAAAAGCAGAGAGUUUCUGCAUUCUGGGAAUGAAAAAGACAAAUUUAAGUUCUUUUUCAAGGCUACUCUUCUUCAACAAGUUAAUGAUCUUUUACUAAGUAUUAAUGAACAACUGAAGUCUGCAAAUGCACUUGUUGAUGAACUGGAGGCUUCGAUAAAACCCAUAGAGAAGGAACUUACUGAGUUGCAAGGAAAGAUAAAAAAUAUGGAGCAUCUAGAAGAAAUGUCUCAGCAGGUACAACAGUUAAAGAAGAAGCUUGCAUGGUCUUGGGUCUACAGUGUAGACAAGGAACUCCAGGAACAAAUGGUGAAGCUUGGAAAGCUUAAAGAACGCAUACCCACUUGUCAAGCUAGAAUUGAUCAUGAACUCAUGAAGGUGGAGGAAUUGAGAAAAACCUUCACAGAGAAGAAAGCCCAAACUGCACAUAUGGUGGAAAGAGCGAAGGAAGUGAGGAAUAAACAGGAUGAAUUGCGUAAUACUGUUUCCUUGGCAACAAAGAAGAAACUUGAGUUAGAAAAUGAGCACAAUCGCCGAACCAAUCAAAUUCAUAGCAUGGUGAAACGUGUCAAGUUGCUUGAACAACAAGCCCGUGAUAUUCAUGAGCAACAAGUUAAAAAUACACAGGCUGAAGAAUGUGAAAUAGAGGAAAAGCUUAAGGAACUUCAGGACAUGAUUGAUGCUGCUGAUUUCACACUUUCAAGGUUGAAGGAAGAAGAGAGUACCUUAUUAGAAAGCGUGUCCAAGGGAAUGGAUGAAAUUAGAAAGAUUACUGAAGAGAUUGAAGAGUAUGGAAAGAAGGAACAGGAAAUCCGUGCAUACAUCCGUGAGCUCCAGCUAAACAAAACCAACAAGGUUACAGCGUUUGGAGGAGAUCGAGUGAUUCAACUUUUACGUACAAUUGAGAGACAUCACCAAAGAUUUGGAAGCCCGCCGAUUGGUCCAAUUGGUGCUCAUGUGACUUUAGCAAAUGGUGACAGGUGGGCUCCUGCUGUUGAGAAUGCUGUCGGGAAGUUGCUCAAUGCUUUCAUUGUGACAGACCAUAGGGACUCUCUUCUUCUGAGAGGAUGUGCAAGAGAAGCAAACUAUAACAACCUGCAGAUUAUUAUAUAUGAUUUCUCAAGACCAAGGCUGACCAUACCAUCUCACAUGCUUCCGCAAACUAACCAUCCAACUACAUUUUCCGUUAUCCGUUCUGACAAUGAUACUAUUCUAAAUGUUUUAGUGGACAUGGGAAGCGCUGAGAGGCAAGUGCUUGUAGAAGAUUAUGAUGCAGGAAAAGCUGUUGCUUUUGAAAAACAGAUCUCAAAUCUAAAAGAGGUUUAUACAAUAGAUGGUUAUAAAAUGUUUUCACGCGGGUCAGUCCAGACAGUUCUUCCCCCAAAUAAGAAGCUUAGAGCUGGCCGCCUUUGUGGUUCAUUUGAUGAUCAAAUUAGGAAUCUUGAUCAAUCUAAAUCAAAUGUUCAAAAGGAAGCUGAUCAGUGCAGGAAGAGGAAACGAGACUCUGAGGCAAGCCUUCAGCAUCUUCAACAUGGGCUAAAGAUUAUGAAGGAGAAGUGCAGGAAUGCUGAGCGGGAUCUGGUAUCUAAGAAACUAGGACUGCAGGAUGCAAAGAACUCGUAUGCUUCUGCAACCAGUUCACAAGCUGCUGCAUCAACUGUUGAUGAACUUCAACAAGAAAUCUCAAGCAUCCAAGAGGAGAUACAAGAAAAGAAAAUGCAGCUGGAAUCGCUCCAAGUCAGAAUUAAUGAAGCUGACUCAAAAGCCAGGGAUCUUGAAUUGACAUUUGAAGAUUUGCGUGAGUCAGUGAAAGAAGAAAUCGACGCUAUUGAGAAAGCAGAGAGUGAGCUGGUGAAGAUUGAAAAAGAUCUGCAAUUUGCAGAAGCAGAAAAGGCCCGUUAUGAAGGAGUAAUGACUACCAGGGUUCUCCCUGAUAUUGAAAUGGCAGAGGCACAAUAUCGGGAGCUUGAAGAGAAUCGUAAGGAGAGCUGCAGAAAGGCUUCAAUUAUAUGUCCCGAGAGUGAGAUUGAAGCUUUAGGAGGUUGUGAUGGCAGCACCCCAGAGCAGCUCAGCGUGCAUUUAAAUAAACUGAACCAGAGACUUCAGAAUGAGUGCCAGCAGCAUUCUGACUCUAUUGAUGACCUGAGGAUGUUUUAUCAGAAAAAAGAGCGUAAAAUUUUGCGUAAACGGCAAACAUACAGAGCUUUUCGUGAAAAGUUGAAGACUUGUGAGGAAGCCCUGAAUUUGCGAUGGAGCAAAUUUCAAAGGAAUGCAAGUGAUUUGAAGCGCCAAUUGACUUGGAAUUUCAAUGGUCACUUAGGAGAGAAAGGGAUUAGUGGGAGCAUUAAAAUUAGUUACGAAGAGAAGACCCUCAAAGUAGAGGUAAAAAUGCCCCAAGAUGCAUCCUGCAGCUCUGUUCGUGACACUAGAGGGCUUUCAGGCGGUGAACGCUCUUUCUCAACAUUAUGCUUUGCAUUAGCUCUUCAUCAGAUGACAGAAGCCUCAUUCCGAGCAAUGGACGAGUUUGAUGUAUUUAUGGAUGCUGUUAGUAGGAAAAUUAGCUUAGAUACCUUGGUGAAGUUUGCAUUGGCCCAAGGUUCCCAGUGGAUAUUUAUCACUCCUCAUGAUAUCAGUGGUGUAAAACAUCAUGAGAGGAUAAAGAAGCAGCAGCUGGCAGCUCCACGUUCUUGAUAAUUGAUUGCAAUUUAUGCUGCUGUUUUAUGCUACUUGGAAUGCAAGUAAUGGUUAGUUUUGCUGCUUAGACAUUUAUACAUGUGAUUCAUUCAAUAUUCAUACGUAUUAGCAGUCCGGUUAUUGUCUUGGCUUACCUCUGCUGUUGAUUUGGGAUUCGUUGCCCUUGUCACUGAACAUUAGCUUUUCAAAUGCUGUGCAUAGCCUCUUUCACUAUCUCUCUGAGCUCGAUACUUAAAUUUUCAUGCCGACAUGACAAUCAGUUUAAUUUCAUCAACGCCCUCCGGGUUCCUUGAUCAUCCUUUCUCUCCUCCCGUUGUCUUUGCUUUGCUUGGCAGUCCAGGACAUGCGCGAUGAAAUUUGACCCUGUCCGGCAAUGCCCCUGGCGUGACCAAGUUUUGUUUGCAUGAUGCUGGACAGGACCUGUAACCUUUUUUUUCUUUUCUUAUACCUGGCAGUAUAAUUAAUCAAUGAUCUCAUCUAAGAUGUGGUUUGGUACGACUUAGAAGAGGAGAUGCUAGGCAUCUUAGUGCCUGAAAUUCAGUGAUUGUUACAAUUGAGUGUUUGGACGUUGAUUAUUAUUUUUUUUUUUUUCAAAUAAAUGUUUAAACCAUUUAAAAUCUAACAAUCAAUUAUCGUUUUGGAUGUUUGUCAAA